AUGUGACCGCAGCUGAUGUUGUUUUACUAAAAUUUCCAGAAACUUUCGAAUUAUCGCAAAUAUUUCAGCGCGGUGGUGCUUUCUGGGUGCCAGACUACGCUUGAAGUUUUGCUAGUGCGGAGUAAUAUGUCGCUAAAUACAGCUCACGCGAAUUCUGGAGUGCUAAUUCACGCGGGAGAAUGCAUUCUCCUAUUCUGCAACACCGUGACUUUGGACUUCAGUGGCAGCCUGCAGGCUGAAAUGAAGGGCAACAAGGUCGGCCGGCUGUUCCUCACAACUCACAGGAUGAUUUUCCUCAACGGCAACGCCAAUGACAAGUUGCAGUCCUUUAGCUUUCCCUUCGUUACCAUGUCAGAAGUUGAACUGGAGCAGCCCAUUUUCGGUGCCAAUUUCAUCAAGGGCAAAGUGAGGGCUCAGGACAACGGAGGCUGGGUCGGCGAGGCCAAGUUCAAGUUGCAUUUCAAGCAUGGCGGAGCUAUCGACUUUGGACAGGCCAUGCUGAAGGCUGCCCAAAUGGCUUCAAGAAAUGGUCCACCGUCUGCACCACCCCCUUAUGUCCCACCAGCUGGUGGAUUCUACCCUGCACCACCUCCAGCCUACACACCACCCCCGAAUGGCUACUAUGGGUGGGUGCCUCCGACCAACGUAUUUCCUGACCAGCCAGCGGCCAAUUCGGUCUUCAUGACGGACAUGCCGCCUCCGUACCCUGGCAUAAACGGCUAUAAUGGCUAUGCGACAGCCUCUGCCCCAGGUCAAGAGGCCAUGGGUUUUGCUGCCCCGCAGCCAUCUGCAGCUGAGGCCAAGGCCAUGGAAGCGGCCCAGAGCGCUUACUACGACCCUAACAAACCUCAGUGCGCCUACGUACCACCUCCUGCUUACUACGAACCACCGCCUGCCUACCACGAUGCCAGCAAGAAGGACCAGUAAUUGCAGCUAUGCUUUUCAAAACAUUCCUGCUGUCUACCAUCACAAUAUAAGGCAAAGAUUCUAUUUCAAAGCUUCACUAUUGAAAUUAUUUGUAAAUAAGAAAUCUCUAUUAUCAUAAGUUGAUUGUCCACUUAAAAGUAUACUCUGCUUCUGAAUGCAAAUGACUGAUGCCUCAAGUCGUAUGUUGCAAUGUUUAGUUGUUUGAUCUACCUCGACGUAGUCAAAAGCUUUCCAAGCAACAAUAAUAAAAGAUUCAAAACAUG